AGCCAUGGUACUUUAUUUGCAAAGUGUUUGCCCUCAUAAAACAGUUUGGAAGCGUGGGAAUUGGUAGAUAUUAUUAUUCCCAUUUGACAGAGGAGAACGUCUGCCUGAGAGACAAUACCUGAACCUCUCAAUGGGUAUUUUUACGUUGCAACACGGGGCAGCUGUGCCGAGAUGCCUAAACGAAAGCCUUUCUCUGUCAAAUGCUGACACAUGAUGGGGAGCAUUUAAACUUGCACUUCCCCACCCGCAGUCCAGGGCAAGACCUGCACCACGCGCUCUUUCUGCAUAGAUCGACCCGUGUAGCUGCAAGCUGCCGGAGUGGCGCCUGCGGCCCACAGUCCUACAGAGCACGCGACUCUCAAACUAUUACAGUGACCAUGGAGUCCAAUUCGUUCCCCCCACCCCCUUUCUUUUUCACCGUUCAUUUCUGACACAAAACCCAAGGUCCUGAAGUGCGGGGAGCAAACCAUGCCCUCCCUACACGGCGUUAAGAUUCCUGAGGAAGAAAUGACGGCGUGUUUCCUUUUAUUGUUCCUGUCCUAAACAUACAUACUGCGCGAAGCAUGGCUUGCUGCCUCCUCACUUACCAAGCCUCACUUACCGCGCGGGCGUUGCUCUCCACACGCCCGUCUCUCGCCCAGAAAUAAGACGCUGCCGCGGACACCCACGGCCGACGCCGAGCUCAGCAGAGCCCCCUUGUUCGCCGCCGCCGCCGCCGCCUGUCCCCGCCUUAAUCCCGCCCCUCCGGUCUGGGCUGCCUGGCGGGCUAGGCCUGCGCUUGCUGCUGAGGGAACGGAGUUGAGGGCUGGGAGCAGCCAUGAUGGUAGGUUCCUGCGGAGCUCCCGCCGCCGCCGUGGUGAGCUCUUCUGGCCGGGGGAAGGGGCGGCCGGGGGAGAGCGGCGGGGUCGGAGGCCGGCGGGACUAACCGGUUUCCUUUCUCUCUUUCUCUGUCCGCGGUGGGUGAUGCCUCGGUCUCUCUCGCCUCCGCCGCCCGCCUCCGCCCUUUUCUUCUUCGGAGCAGGAAGGCUCGGACGACGGCCCAGAUUUCCUUUCCGAGGAGGACCGAGGCGUAAGUGCUGGACGCCCCUGACGGGAGGGGGCUUUCUUCCCUGGUGGGGCUGGGGGGCGGUAGAACAGGUUUCCUUCCGGAUGUGUGGGGCUCGCAGCCCCUUUCGGAGUGUGGGGCGGUGGGUGGGGAAGCGAGGGGGGUGAGGCGGCGGUGGCGGCAUCAUCUCCCGGGAGGCUUCGCCGCCCCCACCCGGUUCUCCUCCUCCUUCUGCCCAGCUUCGGUUCCCUGAAAACUCCGCGCUGUCACGGGUGGUCUGGAUGCACCAUCAUCCUGAGCUGACGCUGGUGACUCUUAACGGAGUUCUCCUCUCGGAUUUAAAAUAUAAUAGCGUUAUCAUUUUAUUCAUUAUUAACAUCGAAUCCGCCUUGCGUUCUGAUUGAAACUGCCACGGCAGGCAGUUGAGAUAUUAUAAACCACCCCGUUGGUCUAGCUGCAAACACUUUUGCUGUUGCUGCAGCUCCCCUGUUGAUUUUAUUUUAUUUUUUGGUCAGCUUUGCAGAGCGACACACUUUAAACCGGUGGGUGUAGUUUGAACCUCUUGGAUUGGUAGGCAGUGUGCCUUUGCUUUUGUUGAGAAAUGCAGAAAAAGCUUAAAGCAAUUUUUUUCAAAUACUUUUUGACUAGAAAAUGAUUGUUUAUUCUAUAUCCCCCCCCCCAUCUUCUCGCAAAUAGCUCCCGGUGGUGUCCAGGAUUCAUCCAUUUCCUUGCUCAUUUUGUGACUAGGCAGGGGAGCCCCAGGUUGAAUUCUCUACUCAGCCAUUAAACUCUUUGGUUGACCUUGGGACUUUCACCAUCUCUUAGCCCAACCUAAGUCCAACACCCUGGAGUCCAUAACAUGGUGACUAUAAGCAACCUGGUGUCCUUGAGCACUUCCAUGCCCCAUGCCAUUCCCAAUUUUUUAUAUUUAUACUUGAGUCAUAUUUUUUGUUUGGGGGAGAGCCUCAUUUGGGGCUUUUUUGUCUGUAUUGUACUUGGUCUGGAGUAUGUGUUGAUGUUGGGGGAGGGGUAAGUUCUGAGCAUCACCAGUUUUUUCUUACAUGAAAUGGACAUUUGGUGUACCCACAGACCCCAAAAGUUGGAGACUAUUCAAACUGGCUUUCAAACAAAAGUAAAGAACCAGUGUCAUGUGUCCGUUGAGGAAAAUAUAUAAACAAUAAUAAGUGGUUUAAAAUGUUUUAGAUAGUCGACCCAUGCAUUUUUUUUAGCAGGAAAUGAUCAAAAGAAACUUUUAUUGGAGAAGUAAAUAUUAAAAAGAAAUAUCAAGCUAUGUAACAAUAGAAGCCGAAAUUUUGAUGAGUACAGCAGGACCACUUAAGCUGAAGGAAACUAUUCUGUCCCAUAGCAGUUGACUAGCAAGACAUGGGACAGCUAUGGUGGGUGAUUCUUGAUUCUGCCGCUGUUUUCUGUCAGAUACAGUUUGGGGAGUCUCAUGUUUCUGUUGGUUUAAUAUUUGUAAUCCCAAAAGUGUGUGUAAAAAACCCCAAACUUUUAAACUGAUCUUAGAAAACUUGCCAGACCAUUGUUUACUUUCUUAUUAAUUUUAUCCUUCACUUUAUUUGCUUUUAAACUUGGUAUACAUUUUAAAUUAGUUUUCAAAUUGUUAUUUAGCAAAGUAAACAAUAAAAAAAUCAAUAAUAUAUCCAGCUAAGGGUAGGACAUAAAAACCUAUACAUAUUAAAGAAAAAAACAAUGCUAGCAACCAUAUUUCUGUAGAUGACAUGAGGAAAGAAAUCUAAAACAAGACUACAUGAAAUAAAAUCCCACCAUACUGAAUAGAAAUGAUCAGGAUCUUUCUGUCCCUUGAAGAACCGUAACUUAUGUGUUAAGAAGGGAAUGUAUAAGAACUGGAAGAAAGGGGAAAUCACAAAGGAGGAGUAAACACAAGUAGUCAACAGUUGCAGGGGGAAAGUCAGGCUGGCUAAAGCUCAGAAUGAGCUCAGGCUUGCAAGAGAAGUUAAAAAUAAUAAUAAAGGUUUCUUCAGCUAUGUCCAAAGUAAGAGGAAGAACAAGUACCGUAAGUGGUAGGUCCUCUGCAUGGGGAACACAGAGAAAUGCUGUUGGGUGACAGAGAAAAGGUGGAACUGCUCAACUUUGCCUCUGUCUUCACCCAAAAGGAAAGCAAGGGAGGGAGCUGCAGCCCAAGAUUGGAAAAGAGGUAGUAAGGGAAUACAUAGUUACUUUAAAUGAAUUCAGAUCCCCAGGGCCUGAUGAGCUGCAUCCAAGGGUACUAAAGGAGCUUGCGGAUGUAAUUUCUGAGCCUUUUUUCUUCGAGAAUUCUUGAAGAACAGGUGAGGUCCCUACAGACUGGAGCUGGGCAAAUGUCCCCAUUUUCAGGUAUCUGAAGAAGUGUGCAUGCACACAAAAGCUUAUACCCAGAACAAACUUAGUUGGUCUCUAAGGUGCUACUGGACAGUUUUUUUAUUUAUGUCGACUGCGUCAGACCAACACGGCUACCUACCUGAAUCUAGAUAAUUCAACAGUCGGUCUGUGAGCAUUUGGAAAAGGAUGCUGUGAUUACUUAGACCCAGCAUGGGUUUCUCAAAAAUGUAAUGCCAGACCAAUCUCAUUCCUUUUUUGGAUGAAAUUACAAACUUGGUGGAUCAGGGAAAUCCUAUGGACAUAGUGUAUCUUGAUUUCAGUAGUUCUUUUGAUAAAGUCCCUCAUGAUAUUCUCUCGAGGAAGCUGGUAAAAUGUGGGUUGAACGAGAUAACUGUUAGGAGGAUUUGUAGCUGGUUGACUGACCAAACCCAAAGAGUACUCAUUAAUGGUUCUUUGUCAUCCUGGAAAAAAUGACAAGUGGGGUGCCACAGGGUUCUGUCCUAGGCCCGUUGUUCAACGUCUUUAUAAAAGAUUUGGAUGAAGGGAUUGAGGCGAUGCUCAUCAGAUUUGCAGAUGACACCAAACUAGGAGGUUUCAGAAUCAGAAUUCAAAUGAGCUUGACAGAUUGGAGAACUGGGCUCAAGCUGACAAAAUGAAUUUCAAUAGAGACAAAUGUAACAUUCUGCACUUGGGCAGGAAGAACCAGAUGCACAAAUAUAGGCUGGGGGACACCUGGCAGUACAUGUGAAAAGGAUCUAGGGGUCUUGGUGGGCCACAAGCUUAACAUGAGUUAACAGUGUGAUGCAGCAGCAAAAAAAGCUAAUGCUAUUCUAGGCUGUGAUCAUAGAAGUAUAGUGUCCAGAUCAAGGGAAGUUAUAGUAUUACUCUAUUCUGCCUUAAUCAGACCACACUUGGAAUACUGUGUCCAAUUCUGGGUACCACAGUUUAAGAAGAAUGUUGACAAGCUGGAACAUGUGCAGAGGAGGGCAACCGAGAUUAUCAAGGGCCUGGAAACAGCCUAUGAGGAGCACUUGAAGGAGCUGGGUAUGUUUAGCCUGGAAAAGAGGAAACUGAGGAGAUAUGAUAGCCAUCUUCAAAUAUCUUAAGGGCUGUCACAUGGAGGAGGGUGCAUGCUUGUUUUCUCCUGCUCUUGAGGGUAGGAUUCAAACCAAUGGCUUCCGUUGCAAGAAAAGAGAUUCCGACUAAACAUUAAAAAAAACUUUCUGACAGUAAGAGCUGUUCAGCAGUGGAACACACUCCCAUGAGAGGUGGUGGACUCUCCUUUCUUAGAUGUCUUUAAACAGAGGUUGGAUGGCCAUGUGUCAUGGAUGCUUUAGCUGAGAUUCCUGUAUUGCAGGGGGUUGGACUACAUGACCCUUGGGGUCCCUUCCAACUCUUAACAUUCUAUUAUUCUAGUCCAACCCCCUGCAGUGCAAGAAUGCUUCAGGCUCACACUAACCAGCUUCUGCUCCCACAUGUGCCUAUGCAUUUUAGCAUUUUAUGAUAGCUGCAUCCGAAAUGAUAUUUGUGCCAUACUCUUAUUUAGGAUUCAUGCAUAACUACAUCUAGUAAGAUUUUUUUUUUACAUGUGGAUGUGAAUGUUCGCAGGAUUUAAUUUCUGAUUCAAUAAUAUAUGUGCCAUUGAAAGUUUUAGAGACUUUGUUUCCUAAACUGGUUUGGAAUCUGAAAGAACACCCCCCUAUGCAAAAUAUUCUCCAAAACACUGUCUAGCAAUUAAUAGACCACAGGGUAGCUUAGUCAUAAUUCGUGUUACAGUAAAUCUAUUGGUCUUUAAAGUGUUACAAAACUCAUUUUAGUUUGCUACAUUCCCUUCAUAUUUUAGUAUAUGUUGGGCAGGAAAAGUGUGUGAGGUCUUUUCCAAAACUGUGAUAUUCUACUGUACAUCACCUAGAGAGACUAUUCAUUUCCUUACUCAGCAUAGGAUUGUGUGUUCAGAAACAUCAGAGGUAUCCUAGCUUUCUUAACGAUCUAAAUAAUUGGUACAUUUAAAGGUAGAAUGCAAAGUUUUGGUAAGUCUGUAAUAGAAUUUUGUAACAUACAUUUUUUCCACCUGCAUCCAUCUCCAUGUAAUGCAUGAAAUGUACUGCAUUUGACAAGGGCUUUUAGCUAUAUUUCAGAUUCCACCUUUUCUUCACCUUUCUUUUAAUGCAGGCUUUAUUCUAGGUUGCUCUGAACAACUGCUGGAUAGGCCAGUGAUAUAACUCUAUUAUUCUAGAAUUUUCUAACAAAUUUACUGUAGCAUCAGGGACUACCACCUCUGCUCAUUUUGCUCGCCAACCCCAUUCUCUGCCCUUUACAUCUGAUCAUCCCCCCUCCCUUUGCACCUUUCCAAAUAAAUCUAACCCUCACCAACCCCCAACUCCUCCUUAACCUUGCCAAACCAAUCUUCUCCAAGCUGUGCAGCCCCCUUCCCUCAUCUUGCACCUUGUCCAAACCGCAGCCUGGGCAAGCCACAGAGAAACAUUCAAGGCAGAAAGGGGCAGCUCUACAGCCACUGUCUUGCUCCACUGCCACUUCCCUCUUCUUCAGCUUCCAACGCGGCAGAAGCUGAAAUGGUGUUGUCAGUGUGAGGUGGGUAGCGGCAGCAGAGCAGGAUGAUUGCUGUGGAGCUGUCCUGGCUGUUCUUCUAUGGCUUGCCCAAGUCACUUGCUCACCUGCCUUCCCAUCUGCCUGGGCCACCCACCUGCUGUUCUCUUGACAAGCUGCAGUUGGCAUGGCUGCCACUUGGCAGCCAUGCCAACUGCAGCAUGAUGACAUUCUUACUAUCUUAUUAAAUAGUUAAUUACAUAGCCUUUUGUAGUCUACAGUCUACUUCUUCAGGAGCAUGGGAUGUUUGUCUACCAAACCAUUCACAAGGUCAGGUUUGUCAUAACAAAAUGAUCCUAGAAUAUUUUGUACAGGGAAUAUCUGCUUGCAUAAAUAUUGCUUCAUAUGAACUGUGUUUUUAAUGACUAUAGCCAGCUUUUUAAGGAGCAAUUACCUCAGCUGAAACAACAAUUUAUUUGCUACAGACACUGGAAUUGCCUUGGAAAUGUGGCAGUUCUGUGUUGUUGGCCCAGUUUCUUUGCUCUUCUGGAGAGCUUCAUGUGGAUGCAAAACUGGUUCUGUAAACUAGCCCAAAGUGAGAACUUCUGCAGCAUUAUAAGCAUUUCUUGGGAAAUUUCUAGUUUAUUAUUUUACGCGGAACUUCUCCCCUAAGGGAGUCGGGCAAACUUGCACAACUGUUCAUAAUUAUUAUAAAUAGUUUUCCCUACCCCACCCUCAUAUUGCAGGGUUAAUUUGGAAAGUGAAGUAACAUUUGAAACAUAGCUUUUCUUUUAAUUUACUAUUUUAGUUUUUCUUUCUUACUCAACCUAUCAUGCUGGUAAGAAUCCUAUGACUUGCCAAGUUUUGAGAGUGGCACAUACAAGAAUAAAAGUAGCAAGUGCUUAGCUGUCAACUUUUCCCUUUUCUUGCGAGGAAUCCUAUUCGGAAUAAGGGAAUUUCCCUUAAAAAAAGGGAAACGUUGACAGCUAUGCAAGUGUAACUUUAUAAACAAAACUCUUUUAUUUUAAAAAAUCAUUGUUCUCUACGAACAUUUAAAGACUGUUUGUAAGCAGCAUAGCCCAAGUUCUGUUAGUUUUUUCUAACCAAGUAAAUAAUGGCUAGGCUUUAUAAGUCUUAUUCUCAGUUUUAAACUUGCAAACCUUCACUGUUUUGUCUGGUUUAGUUGCUGCAUCCUAUUUCCUUGCUCUAAUUCCAAGACUACCAUGCACUAUUAUUUUUACCAGUUUGAUAAGAGGGCAUCAUAUGAAUACAGAAAAUUGGGUUCUUACAGUCCCAAAUUGCCAUUCGGGUGAUUUGUUUAAAAGCGGAACGUUUUGAUAUAAAGUGUGAACAUCUUAGAUGCUAGGAAUACAGCUAUGUUAGUGACCAUAGUGCUAUCAAAUUCAACAUACAUGUAAGUGGACAAUUGGCAAGAAAAUCAAACACGGUAAUUUCUGACUUCAGACAAGGAAAUGUCCCCAAAACAACGGAGUUGGUUUAAAAAAAAAGUUUAAAGGGAAAGUGAAGAGGGUAAAAUAUAUCUAGAAUGCAUGUGGGGGUUGUUCAAAACCACAAUAUUAGAAGCUGCAGCAGAUCAUGAAAGGUACAAUCAGGGCUAAGAGAUGCCAGUGUGGUUAACAAGCAGAGCCAAUGAAGCUUUUAAAGGCAAGAAAGCUUUCUCCAGAUAGUGUCUUGUUUAAUUGAGGAAAACAGAAAGUAUCACAAACGUUAGCAAAAGAAGUGUAAGCGGGGUGGAAAAAAUCAUAGAAUCAUAGAAUCAUAGAACUGUAGAGUUGGAAGGGACCCUGGGGAUCAUCUAGUCCAACCCCUUGCAAUGCAGGAAUAUGCAGCUGGUCCAUACAGGGAUUGAACCUGCAACCUUGGCAUUAUCAGCACCAUGGUCUAACCCACUGAGCUAUCCAUCUGAGGAGGACAUUAUAUUUUUAGCAAAGAACAACAAGAAUGUCUGUUCCAUGGAAACUGGUAAACUGGUGGAAAGUAUUAUUAUAGAUGGGUUAUAGCUUAGCAUAUAGAAGAACCAACGUUGUAGAAAUAGAACCAGCAUGCCUACUUCAAGGUUAGUCAUGUCUCAUUAACCUUUUAGAAUUAUUUAAAAGUGUCAAUAAGCAAAUAGAUAAAGGUGACCCAGCCAACAUGGUGUACUUAUACUUUUUAAAAGCUUUUGAUAAUGUUGGUUACCAAAGACUCCUGAGUUACUUUAGUAGUUGUGGAAUAAGAGGAAAGAUCCUCUUAUGGGUCAGUAGCAUGCUUCUGGGUAUUACCAGUGAGGAAGCUGUGACAUUCAGGUCCUAUUCACAGUCUUUCCAUAGGCAUCUGUUGCCACUGUGAGAACAGGAUGAUGAAUUAGAUGUACAUUUGGUCUGACCUAGCAAGGCUGCUCUUGUUAUUCUUUAAAAAUACCUACCAAUGUUGCUAACAGUUUUGCAUAAUUGAAUUCUUUCUGCUCAUUUCCCGUUAUAUUCCCUAAUACAGGCUUUUCUCAAUUUCCACUUGACUUCUAGUCUGUUUCUGCAAGUCAUGUUUGUGUUUCAGCUUUUCCUUCUGUAUUGCUAGACCAUCCGUUGAGUCACUUUUCUUUGGAAAGAGGUUUCAAACUCCAUAUGGUGAACUGAGUGCAUUGUUCUUAAGUCAGUACUCAGAAGGACAAUAAGUUAUUCCCUAACAGUUCACUGAGUUCCUUCAACUUUCAGUUUGUUCUCUAUGCUGAUUAGAAAGUGUUUUACUUAAGGAGAAUUAAGACUUCGAAGAAGGACCAUGGGGUAUGCUUACAGAAUUUUUGAAUAGACUGUGGCCCUGCUAUUUAACUUUUAUUUUAUUUUGUAUCUCUGUGUGUUUGAAUACAGUGAUGUGGGUUUUCUGGGAAGCUGCAAUUUGGGAAAAAUCCUAUGUGAAUUUAAGUAAUUUGUAUCAGAAAAGAAUUUUGCACUGGAAAAAUGUCUAACGCUCUAGGCAGGGUGGGCCAACAUGCAGCCCUCUACACCUUUUUCGGGUGUCCUUGAGCAACAUUUGAUGCCAACCCCACCCCACCCCUCCUGUUGUCUUCCCAAAGCCAAGUAAGCAAGGUGCUGGGCUUUGGGAAGGAGGCAGGAGGGUUCUGAUAUAGUCCUAGAUUCCUCCCAUCUCCUUCCUAAAGUCUAGUUAGCACUUUCACAGCUUCUCCCCAACCCUGUACAACAAGGCAGUGUAUGGCCCACAAGUUCCGUGUCAAAGAACUCUUGUGGCCCACUUGGUGUGAAAAGUUGGACUGCCUUACUCUAUGGUGAUCCAAUUUAGCAUGUUUAGUUAGCUUUCUUUACCAAAAUGCACACAAGCACUUUGAAACUCCCAAGCUUGUCUAAUGUUGUGUUUGAACAGGGCCGUCUUAACCAUUGCCGCUAGGGGUGCAUGGCACCUGGUCGCCGGGCUCUCAGGGAUGCCAAGCUGAGAGUCCAUGGCCGAGUGUUGAAGUCUGGGGAAGGGCCACCGGCAGCCGAGUGGAGCAGAGCCCGUUGGAGCGCUGUGGGCUCUUCUGCUGCGGGCGGCUCUUCCCCAGACUCCAACACUCACCCCUGAACUCGCGCCGAGCCGCCUGUAGCAGAAGAGCCCGCGGCGCUCUGACGGGCUCUGCUCUGCUCGGCUGUCGGCUCUUGCCCCAGCUGCAUGGCAGCUAAUUGUUUCGGGACCGUGCUCAGAGCACCAUAUAACAUGGGCGCUGCACGGCAUAUUGCAUAUGCUGAGCUGCGGGUUCCUUUGCUGGCUUUUCCGCUGUCGGCGCACGCUCCCAGUGCCACCCAACGUGGGGUGCCAGCGCAGAAUGACGGGGAAUGCAAGCGGCAGUGGAGGAAAUAUCUCUGGACGGGAUUCGCCACGUGCCAACAGUGCCGACGGCAGCAACAAAACCCGAUGAAUAGGAGCAUAUGGAUUAACUGGGCCUAUAUAAGUUCAGCACUGUAGCAUGCAACAUGGGCUGAACUAGUGGCGUAGUGCUGCACAUAGGAUACCAGAGAAGCUUUCUUUGUUGCUGUAAGUGGGAAAAAUAGGUGUUUUAAAUGUUUUCUUUUUUUAAUCAUUCCAGACCACAAGUAUUUUAGCAAUUGGUCUUGAGAAUGUAUUGAGUGAUGCAGACAAGAGUUCUGGAGUAUAAAUGUUGCUCAAGAUUCAGUGUUUGAACAAACAUUGCUUUUCCACUUAGGUUCUCUUGAGGAUAGAGAACUGCUCAUUAGGGUGGGGCUUCCUGUUGCUAACAGCCUGGUUCGAAACUCCGAAGUAAGUCCUACUGAGUGCAGUGGGACUGGGAAAUACUGUUUAGGAUUUCAGCCUUUGGAAGUCUUUUUCUGUGUCUUGUGUGUUUCCACACAUACACAUCUGCUGCUCUGCCCCAGAACCUUUGUUUUAAAAGUCCAGUUACAGUGCUCUGUAGAAACAGGUUAAUGCAGGGUACUUACCCUUGCAGAUGACAAAAGUGCUGUCAUUACAUUGUGCUUUAACUGAGCUGCUGCAAAUAUUAAAACUUUUCUUAUAUGAUCUGGUGCUGCAUGAGAAACAGAAAAAAAUAGGACUGGAAUCUUACUUUCUGACCCAAAGGCAAAGCCCACACAUUAUAAAAUGUCAAGUUUGAUUUAUGCAUGGAAACUAUUUUGGAAGAAAAGAAAACGUGGGCUCUUACUGAAAGGUCUGGACCAGGGAUGCAGUUUUCAGCACAAUUAGUGCAAAGCUUUAUUUUAUGUGGUAACUUUUAAAAAGGAGGUUCUUAUGGUUAUGUAAAUUUGAGUGUGCAUUUCUUUCAAAAAGAAGCAAGGCUCUAAUGUUUAGUUCAUGUGUUUUAUUUUUUUCUGGGAAUGUGAUUAGGGAACUGCUGGCAAUGUAUAGAUGAGUAGUGUUAUUCUUCCUUAGGAUGUUUGGUGCAAGUGCUGAAGGAGGCAGCUGCAUAAAGAUGGGUAGAUGGGUGAAGCCUUUAAGUUUCUAGAGCGGACCUGCUCACCAGAAGCCCCAUGAGUUUAUUAUCACCACCUCCCUGACUACUUAAAAUUCUAACAGAGAAACAAGCACACAUGGUUUAUGACCCUUUCCAAUUAUUAAUUAAAUUUAUUACCUGCCCUUCACAAGCAGGUCCCAGGGCAGGUUACAACAGUUUAAAAUUAAUUAUUUAAAAGAGUUAAAACAAAUUAGAGUCAUGGGGAUAGGGUGGAUCCUGAAAAACACCCACAUCUCAGGUGUCAAAAGUCAUGGUAAAGCCUUCAGCUUCAUUUAUGGGACCGUUUAAGCCCCUUUUCCAGUAUAAAUCCACUGCAGCAUGAAAACUAAUGUGGUUGGCCAAGAAUGGGUUUUAAAGGGUGUUUUGGAAAGCAUUUUCCCUACAGUUCUAAGGUUAAUGCAGCAAUAUGGCCCUCUUAGGUUAUUAAAUGUAAAAAUGGCUGUUGGGAGUAAUUUGUCCACUCUAGAGAGUUGGUAAACCAUGGAGCAUUGUGCAUUAAAGUUUAUCUCUUUUCAGCUAGUUGCUAUAUGUAUUGUUCAUAUACUUCAUUGAUGGGAAACAUCAGCCCUCCAGCUUCUAUCUGGCCUUCAGAACUUUUCCCUGGACUGCACCCCUCACCAGCCCUACUUUGCUCCCUCCUUGAGUGUUUUUGCUUAGUUGGGAUAUGUCCUUGAACUCCAUUCAGGGUUUUACUUGCCUAGAUGGAGGAUGUGAGAGUGUGUAUAGAAACUAGCCUAUGGUAAAACUCUAAAAUUCACAUUUGAUGCUCUGCCCUCAUUUGGCGCUCUGCCCUUUUUUUAAAAAAACCGAACCGCUUGGAAUUCAGCAUAGGUAAAUGGCUUGAGUGCCUACCAUAUUGUUUAAAUGGAACUUUAGAUAACAUUCUGAAUAGGAUUGCAUUCUAUGUUGGCUUACUAAAGCUAAAAAGAAAAUAAAUGGAGAGUGUUUAGUUAGUUAUAUAUUACACUAAUUUCACCUGGUCUAUGACUUACAAUGUUCUCGAAGCUACCAGCAUGAGUUUGACCAAACUGCGGGAGGCAGUGGAAGACAGGAGUGCCUGGCGUGCUCUGGUCCAUGGGGUCAUGAAGAGUCGGACACGACUAAACGACUAAACAACAUCAACAAAUGACUUACAAUGUUUCCUUUUGUUGUAAUAUUUCCCGCCCCGACCUGGCCACAGUGAUCCAUGCGACGGUCAUCUCCAGGCUAGACUACUGUAAUUCGCUCUACGCGGGGCUGCCCUUGAAGCUGUCCCAGAAACUCCAGCGGGUGCAGAAUGCUGCAGCGAGGCUCCUCACGGGGUCUCUGCCAUGGGAGCAUAUUCACCCAGUGCUUUUCAAGCUGCACUGGCUCCCGGUGGAGUACAGGGUCAGAUUUAAGGCGCUGCUUUUGACCUUUAAAGCCCUUCACGGCCUAGGACCCUCGUACCUACAGGGCUGCUUCUCCCGGUAUGCCCCACGGAGAGCCUCAAGGUCCAUAAAUAGCAACACCCUAGUGGUCCUGGGCCCUAAGGAAGUUAGAUUAGCUUCAACCAGAGCCAGGGCCUUUUCAACUCUGGCUCCAGCCUGGUGGAACGCUCUGCCUCAUGAGACCAGGGCCCUGCAGGAUCUGAUUUCUUUCCGCAGGGCCUGUAAGACAGAGUUGUUCCGCCUGGCCUUUGGCUUGGAGCCAAUUUGAUUCCCUCCCUCUCUUUCUUUUUUAUUUUCCUUCUCCUCCUGCGAUGAGGCUACAUUUUAAUAUUUUAAUGUUUCAAUAUUUUAAUGUUGUAUUUUAAUUUUGUUUUUAAGUUGUAAGCAUUCAACUUGUUUUUAUUAUUGCUUGUAAGCCGCUCUGAGCCUGGCCUUGGCUGGGGAGGGUAUAAAUAUUAUUAUUAUUAUUAUUAUUAUUAUUAUUAUUAUUAUUUCUAAAACUAAAGGGCAUACAAAACUAUAGUCUGAACUUCUGUUAAUCUUGUUUUAUGGCUUUAAAUAAACGUGAACUCCUUUUUUUCUUUAGCUUAGAGCAGUCACUGUAGAUCUGCAAACUGAUGCUGCCUUGCAAGUGGAUAUUUCUGAUGCCCUUAGUGAAAGGGACAAAGUGAAGUUUACCGUCCAUACAAAGGUAAAACCAGCUUGAGGUCUAGGUAUUUUACUUCUGUUCGAUGAAUUUUUAUUUAUAAAACUAUCUAUCAACAGACAAAAUAAUAGCUUCUCAUUCAAGGCCACAAUCACAUUUAUUAGAUAUCUCUUGGUUCUCUUGGUUUCAGUAGGACUAAAUCACAUAAAAAUGUUUAGGAUUAGGAUGAAAAACACACUUGUUGUCUGUCAAAAAUUCUAGCUCUAUAUGUGGUGUACUGUGUGUGUAUAAAAUACACACACAUACAAUCAUGUAUGUGAAAAUAUUGAUUUGAUUGGUUGUGGGUUUUUUAAAAUAUAGCGUUUCAAGUAGUCCAACAUGCUGUUAGAAAAGCAUGUUUUCUAUUGUCCUUAGUUUCAUUUAUUGUGUCUGAGGCGCACAAUUUAGCAAAAAGAUUUUUAAAUAUUUGUUUUAGGACAGAAAGUACAUUAUUGCUUUUCUGAGUAUUGUAUGCAUUUCAUAUAAUUAAAGAUAGUGUUUAAUUUUUUGCAGUAAAACUAAGUGAUUGAAUUUUUAGCUUGUGUCAUUUACUACUUCCUUCCUCGUUUUUUGUUGUUGUUUUGCAGAGUUCUUUACCAAAUUUUAAACAAAAUGAAUUUUCAGUUGUCCGACAACAUGAAGAGUUUAUUUGGCUUCAUGAUUCCUUUGUGGAGAAUGAAGAUUAUGCAGGCUACAUUGUAAGUGCUUAUUUUCCAAAGAAUUGUAAGUAGAGGAUCUGACGAAAGGAAAUACUGAACUCCCAUAUUUCCUGUUGAAAAGUAAAGAUGCACUAGCUUUUAAAGUGAAUCAUAAAAUUCUUUACAACUUUAAAGAACUUGCAUAUUCGUGGGAAACUAAUGCCCGCCACAGCAAAAUUGAUAUACUCUGUCAAGUAGGGCAGAGCAGGGCACCCUCUAAAACAGCUGAGUUAUUCUUUGGCGUAGUAGUUAAUUGAUGAACCAUUGCUCCAGCACCUGGAAGAGCAGGACUGCUCUAGUGGUCCUUAUACCUCUCCUUAGGAAGAUGUUGGUGCUUUGAUCUCUCAUUCAAAGCUUCUUGCUUGGAAUAGUUGCUUCGCUAGAAUAGCUACAUAAUAACACUGAUACAGUGGUGCCCCGCAAGACGAAUGCCUCGCAAGACGAAAAACUUGCUAGACGAAAGGGUUUUGCGUUUUUUGAGUCGUUCCGCAAGACGAAUUUCCCUAUGGGCUUGCUUCGCAAGACGAAAUGUCUUGCGAGUUCUUGCGAGUUUGUUUCCUUUUUCUUAAAGCCGCUAAGCCGUUAAUAGCCGCUAAUAGCCGCUAAGCCGCUAAUAGCCGUGCUUCGCAAGACGAAAAAACCGCAAGACGAAGAGACUCGUGGAACGGAUUAAUUUCGUCUUGCGAGGCACCACUGUAGUGGGUGAAAUCUAAGUGCAGGAGGCCUGUAUGUGUCAGUGCACUAGGGGCUGGCGGGUGAUCUCCUGGGGCCUAGCAUUUGACCUUUCUGCUUCUGCUGCUGCACAGCAAAGCAUUCAGCUAAUUUUCUUGAGGUUUAUAUAUUGUGUAACUUAUGAUCUCAUCAAUUUUACUUUGUAGAAAAAUUGCUGAGGAUUGUGAAUUGUUUCAUGUAUAAAUUUGACAUUGUGUUUGAAUGUUGUGGUUUGUCACUGGUAAGUGAUUAGGACUUAAAGUGCAGUGACUUUUUAAAAGUUACUUGUCUGUGGUAUAGACUUUCCAGUAAUCCUGUCUGAUUUUUGUUGGAAUACUUCUAAAUAAAUUCAGAACUGCCAAGAAGAAUAAUUUCUAUUGAAAAGCUCUCUGUACUAAGGUAUGUGAAUGUGUGAUGCCUAGUUGUUCUAAAACUUUAUACUGACCGUUUUGGGUUUUAAUGCUUUGUUAAACAUUAAAAGUGCUUUUGUUAAACAUUAAAAGUAAUAUUAGGAACUAAAUCUAACCUUAAGAAGCCCACUAAUUAGAAUAGGUGAAUCAAGCGCAGCAGCUUUAAAUAUAGUACAAGCAAAUAAUUACAUUUUUAAAAUAACACUUCACAUCUAUAUGCACAGCUAACUCUAUCAUGAGGCAACAUUUUCCCCCAACAACUUUGGUAGCAUGGAGUGUGAAGCAAUUAGACUUUACUGUCCAGGACUGUUUAUAUUGUCCUUACUUGAAUGGACAAUACGUCCAUCUCCUUUGAUAUAUACCUGAAAGAGGUUUUUAGGAUUCGCUCAAUUUUUUGAUGUUAAAUUAUAGAAUCACAGAAUUGUCGAGUUGGAAGGCACUGCGAGGGUAAUCUAGUCCAACCCGCUGCAGAGCAGGAACCUUUUUCCCAACAUGGGACUCAAAUCCACAAUCUUGAGAUCAAGAGUCUCGUACUCUACCAACUGAGCUAUUGGGUUAACUGUUAUGUAUUAUAUGGGGAUACAUAUCUUCUUUGUGUGUGAAAUAUCUUUCUUGUCUGUUCAUUGGGGAAUUAUAAGGUUAACUUGUGAAACCUGGAACUGCCCCUGGGGUUCAGCUGGGAAGACGGAAUUUCAUUACAGAAGAGAAGUUUGGCACAUCUCUUGUCUGAGGGGCUCCAUGACUACCUAUAGCCUAGUGGGAGGGGCCUGCCAAAGGCAGAAGGAAUCUGUAUCUGCAGGUAGCCAGUCUGGUGGCAUUUUAUCUGGUGGCUUUAAAGGGGAAGGGUAGGCUGGAGCAGAAGGAUAUACUCUGUUUUAGCUAGGAACUCCUUCCACUUAAAUGGCAUGAGACCUAGGAAGGUGGUUGUCACAUGGAGAGAAAUAUUUGUAUCCAGGUUCAUAAGCAGCUUAUUGUAUCUUGGUUCAGAAAGUUUUUGCUUUGACAAGAAUUCAGAAGUACAUUCUGAUGUACUCAUUUGACAGAUUCCACCAGCACCACCAAGGCCUGAUUUUGAUGCCUCAAGAGAGAAAUUACAGAAGCUUGGUGAAGGAGAAGGAUCGAUGACUAAGGAAGAAUUCACCAAGAUGAAGCAAGAACUAGAAGCGUAUGUGUAUAUUUUAGUACUUCCUGUUCUUCCAGCUUUCUAGUACUUUUUAGUCACUUCCACUGUAAGAAGCAGAGUUGAGCAAUGACCCCCAAGCAAGUAACUAGUAAAUUAUCAUGAUGAAAAGUGUACAUGUAAUGGCCAAAAUGGUAAGAAGCAUGGAAGGUUGGGUGGGGAGAUGCUCAAUGCGAGAGAAGCUACAUUUCUUUUUUGAAAAAGAAUGUAAUCACAUUUUGAAUCCUAUACUAGCUUGGAUGAAUUUGAUGCAGUGUUUUAAGCCUUGAAACAAUUCUGAGAGGAUAUAUUUAUUUAUAAGCUUAUUUUCAACAUUUGCAUGGCAAAUGUUCACAAGGGCCAAAGGAAGUAUAUCAAAGCAGGGGAAAGCAGGGACCUCAGCAAAUAAUAGGUGGUAGAGACACGAAGAAAGGACUGGGUCAUAAAAUACAUUCACAGCACAGAAACACUGUUAUAUUAUUGCCAGAACUGAAAUACAGAGGCAAGGGAGGUUUUAGAGGUCUGAGGGAUGUGAAUUAUGGCUAUAGAGUUGUGAAGCCUAGAGUGUAGACCUUGAAAGCGCAAUUCUACUUCUUUUGUGGCUCCCAUUGUAAUGGCAACAUCGUGAUCUAGCAACAUGGGCCAAAAAAAAUGGGUGGGUACUAAAUACAACGUACUGCAUUGUGCUUGAAAGUCAACAGUCUGUUGUAAGUUACUGGCUGAAAUGUUUUGUACUUAAUGUAGAAAUUCUACUUCUAUAAUUGUACCUCUGCUGUUGGUUUGUUUUAAAAUAUUUAGUGAGUAUUUGGCAAUCUUCAAGAAGACCGUAGCCAUGCAUGAAGUCUUCUUGUGUCGUGUAGCAGCUCAUCCCAUUUUGAGAAAAGACUUAAAUUUCCAUGUCUUCUUGGAAUAUAAUCAGGAUGUGAGUAUAUUUCAUUUGUUGGAGCAAUUUACGACAGUUUGUAUGUCAUAAGAUUUAUAAAUAAGUUUAUCUUAUUUUGAAAUAAGAUAAAGAACAAAGGUCCCCUUAUUUUCAAAUACAGUGUGAGAAACUAAUGGAUAAAUUAGCAGGAAGUAUUGUUUAAAGAGAGAAUUAAGCAUGUAUAUAACAAAUCCAGCUGAGGAAACAUCAGCAUAGUUUCUGUAACAAGCCUUGCCUUUCUAAACCUUUAGAAUUUCUGAGUAUGUCAUCUUGAUGAGGUGAUCUAACUCGGAUUUCCUAAAACCUUUUGACAGAGUCCUUUAUCAAAAGGUAAACUUUCUCAUGGAAUAAGGGUACAGGUCUUCUUAUGGAAAUUGGUCAAAGAGCAGGAAGCACAGAGUAGGGAUAGAUGAACAAUUAUCCCAAUGGAAGAAAUUAAGGAGUAGGAUUCCCCCAAAGAUAUGAAUUGUGGGGCUAUGAAUUUGACUUGCUCAUGGCUGAUCUCGAGUCAAAAGCAAGUCCUGAGGCAGAUGUGUUUUCAAGCAACAGCAAGUUGCUCAGGAUAGCUUAAGGGGACCAUGGAAAUCUCCAAAAGAAUCUUCUGCAAUUGGGUGAAUGAGAAGCAAAAUAUUUUUUUUUAUUUAUUUAUUACAUUUAGGUAGCACCCUUAAUCCAAAGAUCAUAGGCUGUUCACAACAUAAAAAUACAAAAGAACACAAAAUACAUAAUAAGAUCAAGAACAAACCAAGAAGCCCCCUUCCACAAACACAUUUAAAAUGACAUACAAUAUAACUGGGAUUCAUUAUAAUUGUAAAAUGAUGCAGACCGGGACAAAAAUUUUAAUUUCAUGUAUGCAGUGAUGGGGUCUGAACUGGCUGUGACAUUACAGGACAGAUCUUGCUUAUGAUGGAUAGCUCAGUGAAAAGCUGAUGGUGUGAUAGCAAUGAAAAAGGUACAAGUUGGGGGUCAGACACCUCAGUCUGAAACCCUAGAGAGCCCCUGCCAGUCAAUAUAGACCAGUGGUUCCCAGCCUUUUCUGGGAACCACUGGUCUAUAUUCCCCAUGUUGGGAACCAUGGAUAUAGACCAGAGUUGGUCAACCUUUUUAUGCCUACCGCCCACUAAUGCAUCUUUCUUGAUGGUAAAAUUUCCUUACCGCCCACCAGUGCUCGAUAGCAGGAGGAUUCAGCUUGUGCCGUAGAACCCCCUACCGCCCACCUAGAAUCCUGAAACGCCCACUAGUGGGCAGUAGGGACCAGGUGGACAACCCCUGUUCUAGGCAAUCCUGAGCUAGAUGAACCAGUGGACUGAUAUUCCUAACUGAUUGGCAGUAGAUUCAGGACAGAAAUUUUAUAAGAAGCAUAAUUAAAUUAGCUGCCAACAACAAAUAACAGGAUUUAAUCCAAGUUUAUCCCACUGAUCUGUAUGUAGAAUUACUUUUACUAUUACAUUUUGACUUUCUGAAAACAAAAGUUGCUUGGACUAAGUAUUUUAUUUUUUAAAAAAAUACUUUUGUGGCACACAACCAUAAAAUGGAUUCGGGAUAACAUAAAAUUAGAACAGAUGCAAGAAUGCUGAAGAAAGGCGACACAGUAACCAGAUGUUGUGUUUUUCUGUAUUCCAGUUGAGUGUCCGUGGGAAAAAUAAGAAGGAGAAACUUGAAGACUUCUUCAAAAACAUGGUUAAGUCUGCAGAUGGUGUGAUAGUUUCUGGAGUAAAGGUGAUUCCUAUUUAGCCAUUUAAUAUAUCUGUACCUCCUUUGUGAAUAUUCUACAGAUUUGCCAAUGGGCAUGUGGCAAGAGACCAACAUAAGAAAAUCCCUUCUGGAUCAAGCCAAAGGCCUGUCUAGUCCCUCAUUGUGCUCUCAUAUUAGCCAGCCAGAUGCAGGACAUGAGAGCAGCAGCACUGUCCCUCUCAUGCUCUUCAGUAAUUGGUAAUCAGAGGCAUAUCGCCUCAGAUACUAGUAGUACACAGUCAUUGUGACUAGUAGCCAAUAAGCGAGCUCAAGAAGUUUCCAUAGAUUAUUUGUAUUCCAUGUAACAGUAAUAUUACAGAACAUCUCCAUUUUUAAAAAGUGGCAGGUUUUACUCAUAUUGUGAGCAUGUUGCAAGAAACAUUUAUGAAGGCUGUUGUGGGAGUUAGAAGGGGACAUUGCUCAGGAGUGGUGUCCUUGGGCAGUGUUGGAUCUUGGUAGCUCUCCAGAAGGAAUAUGCAGUUGCAAUUAUUUCAGGAGUAGAAAUUGCAAGCUGGUUCUUAACUGGUUUUGCCUUCUAGAGAGCUUCUUUCUCCAUGCAUGCAAUCAAUCAAUCUAUCUGUUAAAUGCUUGCCAAGGAAAUAACUUCAGUUUAUACUUUCCAUGUCUUAUACUUGCAACUAAAGUAAUAUAUGAUUGCAAAACUCACACAUAAUACGGUAGUUCCAGCAUUGAGUUUCCCAUACUGGAAUUGAAACUUCAGGGAUUUGCAUGCCGAAAUGUGGUAUCCAAAUGGCUGUGUUUGGAAUGUGGACCCUCACCUUCUGAAAAGUUCAUGGACUAUCAUAGUCCCAGUGAUUAAAAAUAUUACCUUUAGGAGUUUCUAUCCAUCACCGUUUCAGUAUUGAUGAGUUCUGCAAAAAAUUGCUUCUGUGCUAUGUUGAAUAUUGAUCGAGUGCCAUAGUAUUCAGGUGAAGGCAUUUCUUACACUCUCUACAUAUCUCCUAGCUUGCAGGAAGUACAUGGAGAAUUUUACUGAUGCAUUUUAACUUCUUAUACCAUUCCCAUGGUAACCCAUCAGACAUGAAGAGACAACUGAAUAAAAUUUUUAGUGCGUAGAUACUUUUGAUACUGAGCCUGGUUUUAAAAACUAUUGUUGGCCACUGGUUCCACAUGCCUGAUAAAGUAACUCUUAGAGUUCCUUCCAAGCUCUACUUCCCCAGGCCUUCUGCAAAAUCUCCUUCCCAGGGCGAGUUGCCUGGUGUUAAAUUUGAUGCCUCUUUUGCCAAGAGACUAUUUUUUCUUCCCCUUUACCCAAGUUUUCCAGCAUGUAAACUAAUUUCAGACAGAUUAUUUUUAUUGGUCUUGUCUCAUAGCUACCACGAUGGAAUGUCUUCAUUCCUUUUGCUCUUUUAAGUCCUGCAGUGAACUACGGCCACCUUGUUGCUCUUUCUGUCCUGGGGCUUCCUCAUUUGUUUGUUGAAAACAGUUCUAUUUUGCUGUAGGCAAGGAUGCCAAUGGCUAAUUGCAUCCUUGAAAAAUGAUUCUGUAUUGCUAUGCAGGAUGUAGAUGACUUCUUUGAACAUGAAAGAACAUUCCUUGUAGAGUACCACAACCGUGUCAAGGAUUCCUCUAUGAAGUCUGAUAAAAUGACAAGAUCCCACAAAAGUAAGUAUGGAACAGAAACAAUGUUGGAUGGAUGACACAUUUCAAAGAAACCUGGUUUUGGACCUUGGUAUAAAUGAUGCAAAAUUGCAUAAAUCUGUUUAUAGGUUGCAUAUUAAUAGGAGUGUUCUAGCGUUCUAGAAUAUUUGUGCAAGCAAAAGAAUAUUUGGGAUAACAGAGAAAUAUUAAUGACCUAGUGAUGAGAUAAAUAGAUAGGAAUUAAGACCAGAUGUUGAAGGAUAUGGACAGAAGUCUGUUCCCUCUUAUCUUUUUGCCACUUCCCCCACCCCUGCACUGCAGAGUUUCCACACACACAUUCCUAAGCCAUAGUUUGUUUAGUUUAACUGCGGUUUGUUUGACUUUCCAAAUGCACCUGAACCAUGAUUUGAAGCAGGCUGAUGACACUUGACUUGCGCUAAUCAUGGUUUAUUAUGCGUCAUGAGCCAACAUUAGGCAAAACAAGCCACGGUUACCUUUCACAUCUGCAAGACUGAUCUUUCUUUGUUCAACCAAACCCAUAGUUAAAACAAACCAUGACUUGUUGCAUGUGAAUGAGGCCAGGCUGCAGUUUCCCUCAAAUCCACGCAUUUGGGAGUUCCAGAAACUCUUGGGCUUUAAAAUGGAUCACUCCUGUUUAUUGGGUAACUUUUAAACAGCUUUAUUAAAUUAAUUAAGGUAGGAUUUCCAGGAUUCAAAAUGGUAUGAUUAACGCCUACAAUCAAAUUUCAUUCUAGAAGUGGUUUGCAAAUGUGUGAUUUGCAAAUAUGGCAAAGCUUAAGCAAUACGACAUUUAUUUAGUUCCACGUCUACUACUGUAUACAGUAUUGAUUUGCAGACUUGGGUCCUGCAAAUACUGGAAAGUAAGCUGGAGUAUAGUACAUUGUCUGAUGUUAAUGUGUUUUGGAAUCCUUUUGUGGCAUAAUGAAACAAUUGGAGUGCUUUUUCUUUUCCAGAUGUUGCAGAUGACUGCAAUAGAAUUGGCUCUUCAUUGUAUACAUUGGGAACACAAGAUUCCACAGAUAUAUGCAAGUAAGUAUUUUUGAAAAAUGAUGAAACAUGGACUCUGAACAGGAUUUUGUAAAGUUAUGUCUACCUAAUAUUAGUGGUACUUAAUUCUUGUUUUUGAAAGAUGGCAUCUGGUUGCUUUGUUUCCUGAACACACACUGUUUUACCUCCUUUAAUGUGGUGACUGUUGGGAAUAGAAAUAACUUUUUAAUGUAGCAGGGAAUUGUGGCAGGAUCUUACUGUGUUUGCUUUCCUUAGAAUAACAACUUAAAAGAAUCAUCUCAAUAGUGCAGCUGAGGUCAGAGGCAUUUGAGAGAAAUGAAGGUAGUGAUGUUAAAUUCUCAAGAAUAAUCUUUUGGAGAAUAUUCUUGAGAAUAUUCUCGAUUAAUGAGAAUAUUAGAGAAUUUUCAUUUAAAAUAGCAGAAUAUUCAUUUUAAUGCAUUGAAAAUGAUAUAAUUUUAAUGCAUUGAGAAUGAUAUAAUUAGUUAAUAUACAUGUUUAUUCAUGGGUAAAUUUGUUCAGAUGGCAACCAAAAACUGUACAGAUACUUUUAUUCAAUGGGGGCAGUGCAGUCAAUUCACAUUCUUUGAUUUUUUGCACCAAACUUGAAAUUGAAAAUUUAAAUCAAAUUUAAAUCAAGGCCACCUCACAUGCUGUUACACAUAAUUGUAUAGGCCUAGGUACUUUAAGUGUAUAAAGCAUUAAAGCUACUUUCUGUAAAAAAAUAUCACACUGUAUGGCCAAAAAUGUUUUCUUAAUUGAAUAUAAGUUCACUAGUAAAUUACCCUUCCUUCAUUUCAUGAUUCUGGUACUUUUCUGGGCAGAUUGUUGAGACAGGCAUCUUGAGCUCCUACAGUGGUUUGUAGUUUUAUCAAAGUGGUAUCUCUAAGAUUUCAAUCUGUUUGUGCAUUUGUGUGUAGCUGCUCCUGCUCCUUGUCAUAAAACUGUAGUGUAACUUGGUCCUCAACCUGAGAGCCACAUUUUCUGGUACCGUAUGUCAAGAGAUCUUUGUCUAAUUCUGUACUUUCAUUCUGGCCUGAAUAAGUGGUUAGAUAUGCUUCCCAAAGGCAGGUAGUAGGCAUAAUAACCCUGGCUGUUUUAAGCCAAAAUGCAACUCCCUUUGCCCCUGUCAAAACAGAAUUAGGCUAAUAACCAGGUAAUUCACUGUGAAUUUGGCAGCUAGCAACAUAGAUAAGUCCAUUCAUCAUCCCCACCCUUUUCCAGAAUGCACACAUAUAUUUAGAAGAGUGCAAAAAACCCUUUUCCUCCAGUUCUCUAGGGCCUACAUGCUCCAAGUGAGAUAGCUGAGCUAUGUGACUUUCCCCCCAUGGUUUUGAUUCUAAAGAGGACUUGUUACUUUGUUUAACCUCAAAUUCCAGGAAUGCUAAGCCUGCAAAUUCUGUUUAAUUUUCCAAGUGCAGUAAAUGACAGCAGAAAAACUGUAAAAACUGCUGAGAUACAAAGACCUAAAAAAUGCAAGUCUAACAAAUAUUUGCAAGCUGCAGAAGCCUUGUAACAUUGCUACCAUAAGUUGUCUUAGUUUUCUGACUUUUGACCCUGACUUGUUUUAAGUCUGUCUAGUAACCCUGAAAAAGGCUGUUGUCCCCUGUCCUAUCUUGUUUAGACUAGUGUUUAUUUGUAAAGCUGAAAGGAGCUAACCACUUCAUUAAAAAACCAGUAAUAUUUUCCUAGUAUUGCCUUGGCCUGCUUAGAUUAUGUGGAGCUUGAAAUUUAUUAACUUUACAGUGCUUGGGACUAAGAAGAUUAUAUGCCCUGCAUGCAAAGUGCUCUGAUGUUUGGGUGGCAUUUUGGGAUAUGCCUAAAUAUUUGACUCUUUACUUGAGCCUUUUAUCUGGUCACACAAAUGGAGGAAUGGAGAGGCAGAAGCUGAGACAGUCUCUUGUUCCAUUCGCCUAGCCCUUUGGACCAGACUGCCCUUGCCUAAUAUCUUUCUGACUAUAGAGAGGGAUUUGUGGGCAGGACUUGACUGCAAGAUCAAGAACUGUGCUGGUAAUGUUGUAAUUAUUAUUGCUAUCUUACUGUGAUACCGUUGGAAACUUUAAUAAAAAGCAAUACUUCUGCAAGUGUAGGACUUGAAAUUAUAUUUACUUUUAUUUAGCUUUUUCUGACAGAAAUCCAUUCAAAGCAUCUUACAGGUGAAAUAAAAUAAAAAACCAGAAUGAAUAUAUACAACAGUAAACACUUACUGCCACAUUGGCCUAAAUUAGUGUUUUAAGUGACCACUCAAUAACUGGUCUGUGUUGUCACUGACUUGAAAUUUCUUACCCAAUAAUAUUUAGAAAAGAGCAAUGGAUUUAAAAAUUGAACCCAAACUGCAGAUAUGUUGGCUUCAAAAUAAACAGCUGUUUGCUGUAUUGUCCAUAUUAGGAAGGUACUUUUGAGUGUCACUUAGUAAUUUUUUGGAUACAGCUUUAGCUCAGUAACAUUAUAAUGGCCCGUUUCCCUGUUCUGAGAGUGACUGUUAGCAACAAUGAGUAGGAUACGCUUUCUGAGUGGGAACCAUGAUUUGGGUAUACUAUACAGGGAAGAACAGAUCCAUUGGAAAAGCUGGAGCUGCAACCUCUUCUCCUAGCUAUCACAUCUACAGUCUAUUAGGUCUACAAGUCUUGCUGCUGAAUGUUAUGUCAGCACUGACAUAUUUUCUAUCCAGGAUUUGAUUCUGAAUGGGGGUGAAGUUAGUAUUUUCCAGUUGUGUCUGUUUGCAUUUUGAGUGUAGCAGACUUGAUGGGUGAGCGGGCACAGAGUUUCUAUGGUAUCCUAUCCAGCAGUCUUCCAGUUUGAUGUACCUAGUGCUGGAUUUUUGAGAUGUGAUAAAGAUGGUUAGAUGUACUGUCCAUUUCACUGCUUAAGUCUCCCUAUGUGAGGUCUUGGAAGUGGUGUUGAAAACCCCAGGCUUCAGUAUAUAUGCUAGGCCCACCUUCUCUGGUACAGCUUUGAAGGUCAGUGUCUCCAGCAAGCAUGACCUUGUCUUGGAUAGAAUCUGGAUUUGCACAUUUGUUGGGUCAUACCCUUGCUCUCUUGUUUAGUAUUAGGCCGGAAGGUGAUCUGUAGAUAUCAUAUUGCAGCUAUGAUUCGUUUUUCAGUUGAGCUUUAAAUAUUUUAGAUUGAUUUUUUUAAGUAACUGUGCCCAUUGGUCGACUUGGAAAGGCAGUGGGGCGGAGAAAUUACUAUCUGCAUCUAACCUGUACCAUCAUGAUUAUAACUGUAAUGAGUAGCAAUAAAAACAUGUGCAAAAUAACUUUUACAACUGCCUGCAAACAAAGGAGAUGAGCUCUGUUUUUCUGCUUGAGGUUGAUUUUUUCCCCUACUGUGAUGAUAAUUCAUUGAAAAUGUUACUGAAAUAAGCUUAGCAGGAGUCUUAAGUUUUUUAAAAAAGAGUAUAGAUUGUCUUCAACUACGUACUACACAGAGUAGACCGAUUGAAAUUAAUGAACCUAGAUUAGCCAUGUUCCUUAAUUUAAGAGGGUCUUCCCUAAGUAGGACUAGCACUGAAUACCACUGUAUAUAGCUAACAAUUUCCCUUUCACUUUUCAAUCUCCUUCAACUUACCUGGGUUAUACCUCUUGCAAGAUUACAGCUCUCUUGUACAUUUUAGUCUAGUCUGCCAUUUAUUAACUGCACUUUCAGUAAGAAAGAAAUCUAGUGGUACCUCGAGUUACAAACACCUCAGGUUACAAACGCUUCAGGUUACAAACUCUGCUAACCUGGAAGGGUUACCUUGAGUUGAGAACUUUGCCCCAGAAUAAGAAGGAAAUCAUGUGCCAGCGGCGCAGUGGCAGCAAGAGGCCCCAUUAGCGAAAGCACGCCUCUAGUUAAGAACAGUUUCAGGUUAAGAACGGACCUCCGGAACAAAUUAAGUUUGUAACUAGAGGUAUUUGAUUUAGUACCAUUGAAAAAGUCUGAGCAUCUUGUUGGUUACAAAGAGAAUAUGGGUAAAAAUACAUUCCUUUUAAACUGUUCACCCUUGUCCAAAGUAGCCACCAUUCUAAGUAAAAAUGUUCAUUUAUCGGUAUCUGUUUUUGACACUUUAAUAAGAAGUAUUUAAUGGAAUUCAUAGUUCCAAGGCUAUGCAAGCAGAUAUGCCCCGAAGAAGCUGGUAAACUGGAAGAGUCACAAGCAUGUGGUGCCUCUGUCAUGAGAAAGUGAUGCCUCCUAUCUCUGUAGUGCAAGGGUGAGGAACCUUUCUGGCAAGCAGUUCUUUCUCCCCUCCCCUUUAUUCGAGGUACCAAGACUGUUUUUGUGUGUGAUUGGUUUUGCUGCUCAUCAGGCAAAAUCCCACCUGCAUGGAACAAAUAGUCAAGCUAGAAAUAAUAUUUUUAGUGCACAGAUAUGGACUAUACCCAUUCACAAUUCACUUUCCAUUCACAGAUUUUUCCUGAAAGUAUCAGAGUUGUUUGACAAAACAAGGGUAUGUAUUAUGAAGGAUUGUAAUAUUUCAACUGGAUUGGUUUUCUGUUCCUCCGUUUUCCAUACUGUCUGCCUUUGUUGUAUUGUGUCCAUAGCUGUGGUGCAUUCUAAAAUAUAAUCUUCUGAUUAUUAUUUACAUAAAGUAUUGCUUCUGAAAUAUUUUUUUCUGGUGUAGAAAAUAGAGGCACGAGUGUCUGCUGAUGAAGACCUUAAACUUUCAGACCUUCUGAAAUAUUAUCUGAGAGAAUCACAAGCUGCAAAGGUGAAUCUAUAUUUUUGCUGUUAGAAGUAUGCUUUAUUAAAAGGGCACCUUGGAGCACAUCUAAAGAAAAUGAUCUAACUGGAUGAGUGAACAUUUUAAAGGAUUUAUAUUGGAUUUUUAUCAGUCAGUAGCACAAGGUUGUAAAGUAUUAGUUGAUACAGUAACAGAUGAGUGGUCUAGCUGAAGGUAAGCGGGUCUGGGUCUGGUCAGUGCUUUGAUGGGUAAUUGCCUGUUGAUCAUCACAUGUAUGCUGCCUUGGAAUGAUAGAAGAAAGGAAUGAUAUACAGUCAAACCUCAGAUCCCAAGCACCUGUUUCGGAACGUUUCGGCUCCUGAAUGCUGAAAACCCAGAAGUAAAUGUUCCGAUUUUCGAAAGAUUUUUGGAAGCCAAACAUCCCACGCGGCUUCCGCUGAGUGCAGGAAACUCCUGCAACCAAUCAGAAGCUGCAGUUCAGUUGUCAAAUGUUUUGGAAGCCGAAUGGGCUUCCAGAAUGGAUUACGUUCAAGGGUUGAGGUUUGACUGUAAAUAUAAGAAAGCAAAUAAAUAAAAAUAUUGCUAAAAUUGGAAUAUGGGGUAUGAAUAUCCUAAAUUAAUAUCAGAGUAACUCAGUGAAAACUGAGAACGUUCACAUGCUUUAACUAAUGAUCUCAAAAGAAUAUGUGCAAUCCUGAAUAGAUUUUUACUCUAGCAAUAAUAUAUUUGGUACAAGAAGGUAGAACCACCAAAGCAUUAUUCCAUUUUUUCCUAUAUAUGUUUGGAUCCUCAUACCCCCAUGUGCACACACAUGGGGUAAUUAGUGUCUCUCAUUCUUGCUGAAAAGCUAACCCAGAGGAUUGUUGCCAGGAGGACAGGGAAGUGAAAAUCUAUAGAUUUUAUUACUUAUUUUAUUCGUUGCAGGACCUUCUGUAUAGAAGAUCUAGGUCAUUAGUGGAUUAUGAAAAUGCUAACAAGGCUCUGGACAAAGCAAGAGCGAAGAACAAAGAUGUGCUACAAGCUGAAACUACUCAGCAAAUUUGCUGUCAGAAAUUUGAAAAAAUAUCUGAAUCAGCAAAACAAGGUAUUUGAACAUUCUUGGAACGUGGUAGUUUUUAAAUUUAUAUAUACAGUGGUGCCUCGCAAGACGAAAUUAAUCCGUUCCGCGAGUCUCUUCGUCUUGCGGUUUUUUCGUCUUGCGAAGCACAGCUAUUAGCGGCUUAGCGGCUAUUAGCGGCUUAGCGGCUAUUAACGGCUUAACGGCUUAGCGGCUUUAAGAAAAAGGAAACAAACUCGCAAGAACUCGCAAGACGUUUUCGUCUUGCGAAGCAAGCCCAUAGGGAAAUUCGUCUUGCGGAACGACUCAAAAAACGCAAAACCCUUUCGUCUAGCGAGUUUUUCGUCUUGCGAGGCAUUCGUCUUGCGGGGCACCACUGUACUUAAAAUAGCUUAUUUUAUCAUUUCAGAUAUAAAUGAAUUAGAACUCAUUUUGAUUUUAUUAAAAAUCCCUUUGUAAACCUACACCAACAAACAGAAAAACUGCUGUAUUUUGAAAGUUAGUUUUGUGCUAUUUCCUAUAUCAAAAUGCAAAGGCUGGUUGCAUAGAAUUGGGUAAAUAUGUGAAAGUUUCUGAAUCUGAUGAAGACUACUCAUGUAUGAGCAGUAUGAUCCACUAGCUAUGCCAGUUCACAUGACCUGGAUAUUUAAUACUGCUAGACUGACAUCUCUGCCCAUAGAUACACAUAGCAUUUAAUGGAUUGAAUCCUUAAAUCCAACAGCAGCUCUUAAUUUAAAACAAAGUGAGACUCCAAAGAGUUACAUGUGCUUAGGUCUAGGUAGGAUUGUCUUAUCCACUUCUAUAUUGUAUUAAUAGAAUACCAAACUUUUAUUUCCUGCAGAACUUAUAGACUUUAAAACUAGAAGAGUUGCUGCAUUCCGGAAGAAUCUAGUAGAACUGGCAGAAUUGGAACUAAAGCAUGCUAAGGUGGUAAUAUUUUUCCUUCUAGCUUAAUUACUUACACUUAAUGGCAGAAUUUAACAGAAUAGAUACUCCUCCAAAAAAAUAAAAGUGGGAAAGUAACAUAGUUUCUUUGAAACAUUUAGGACUGCACCCUGAAUUAGAAAGGCAGUUAUUCUGAUGGGCCUUAAGAGGCAGCAAGUUAAACUGAAAUUAAUGGAGGUAUUGGAGCAUUAGUUCCACUUUGCAUCUGUAUCCACAGUUUUUUCUGAUGGGGAAAACCUGAGUGCUGUGUUCUCUUUUAGAAGUCUUUUCUACUUGGCCUUUCAGCCCCCACCAUUUAAAAAUAAAAAGAAGGGAGCUGAAAUUUUUGAGGUGCUGCUUUCUGCCCUCAUACAAAAGUUGUGAGCCACCUCAGAGAUUCUGGCCAAAAAGUGAGAGAUGCCUCUAAUUAAAAAAAAACACCCACUUCUGCAUAAUAAUGUAAUAGCAAGAGAGAGUUCACCUACGUUUAUGGAUCAUGUUACUUAAGUUGAGUUACUGGUUGGUGUUACUUGGUUCUGAUAUGCUAGUGAGGGGGCAUCAUCACCCCAAAAAGGGAGAGGCCCCAAGAUUACGUUUGAAAGUAGCAACUUUCAAAUGCUCACACAUUUUGAACAGUGACCUUUCUCAUGGGCAAAGGCUAAUAGUUAUUAGGCAAAUUAUGCUUGCAUACUUGACAUUCUUAUUCCGCUUCAAAAAAAUAAAAAUAAAAGUGUGUUCUUUGAAUCAGUUGUAACUGUAGGGGAAGAUUCUGUCUUCCUGUUAAUAAGGUUUUUGUGUUCAUGAUUUAAAAUUGAUCUUAACACGGUGCAGCAUAAAAUAUUGCACUUGGAAUGGGAAAUCCAGAUACCCCAGCAAUGUGGAGAAAUGUCUGGGGUGUUCUGAGACCGGGUUCUAGCCAGGGUAGUGACAAUGUAACUCUGGCGUGAUCUAUUGCGGCACCCAUUAUGUGCACUAAUGAAGAUACAGAAUGAAUGGAGUGAUUACAAGCUGCUCCCCUGAGGAAAAAUGGCCUUUGUCUGUGCUCCUAUUGAACACGUUUAUGUCAGUGAUAGACAUUGAUGAAAAUGAAAAUCCAGAACAUCUGCAAAAUCUCAGCAUUCCAUAUAAAAGAAACUUGAGAACUGCUUACAUAAGAAUGCUUACCCUGUCAGUUAACCUAUUAUCAGCCUUCCCCACUAAAGCUUUGGGCUACAAAUCCCAUCAGUCCCAGCCAGCAUGGCCAAUGGACAAGGAUGAUGGGAGUUCUGGUCCAGAACAUCUGGAAGGCAACACAUUAGGAAAGGCUAACCUAUAUGUAUUUGCAGCUUCACUUAAUAUAUACAUUUUGAACUAUAGAAGACGGAGGAAAGGCAGUAACUUCUGUUUUGUGCUCUUUUUCUUACUACAGGGUAACUUACAGCUGUUGCAGAGCUGUCUGUCAGUGUUAAAUGGAGAUACAUAAACCUGAAUCUGUCCUCCCAUUAAUAAGGGCUGCCUUCCACUGGAGUUUACUUCCUGACUCUGAAUUGACAUUUACAACUUGCUGGAGAAAUUGAUUGACAAAGGACACAUAAACAAGCUCCCCCUCUGCCCAAAAGCCCACCAGAAUAAUUCCAGAUCAUAUGAAGCAACAGCAUACUUGUUGUUAUACACAAAUAUUUACACAUUAAUUUAAUCAUUGUAUGUUCAUAUUGUUCAGAAAACCAAAUUCUGGGUCUUUUUUCUUUUGUGAAAGUAGCCAAUAGAAUUAUGUUCAUGUUAAAGCUAGUAUUAAAUAUUGCUGCCACUCUUACUACCUUUGUAACUUCUGAAGUUGAGGAUUUGAAACAAUUGGUUUUCAAAUGGAUUAAAUAUUGCCACUAGGUGUUUGAAUAUUGUUGCUAUAAGCAUUGUCUUGGUUAUUCCACAUAAUGUUAUCAAGCAUCUUAACUUUUUUCAAAUAACAAACAUUUCCUAGAAAUUUUGGAGCAAACUUUAUGUAAUCUUUAUAAUAGGACUUCAAAAGAAAGCAAAUGCAUUAGUAUGUUUGCCUUAACUUGUAGACUAAUCCCAAUUAUUGUAAAAUAAACUGUGAAAUCAGUGAUUUUUUUUCCUAAAAUUUUGUAGUCAUUGUCUUGUGAAUUUACAAUUUUCUUCACUUCAUACUCAGGUGUUAAUUUUGUCGGUUCCCUCCUAAAUACCAUAAAAUAUAACAAGCACACACGGAACCCCUAUUUGAGUUUCUCCAUUCUUUAUGGAAAGAGCAGCUCUGCAUGAACAAAAGAAGGAAUGUUUGAAACUUCUUCCACUGAAAUGAAUAAGCAAGUUUGUAGAAUUUCAGUGACCGAUACUGUUUCAUACAUGAUUACUGUUUUGUAGGAAUACAGGCUACAGCUGCAACCUGACACUUACUUUCCAUUGAGGACUUCCUUCCUUACAGUAUAGCUCUGUAAGGCUUAGAUUUCAGCUUGAAAAUGAAGAGUUGUGUAUCAAAAGCUGUGUGAAAACUUCAGCUUGGAUUUUGAUUGUGAUUGCCAGGCCUAGAUUUUGAAUCUAUUAUAAAUUUCUAAAGGGGUGAACAGGAAGAUUUUGUUGCUGUUGUUAACCAAAUCCUGUUUCCCUCAUUGCUGCAGCAGUGAUGGGAAAAGUCCAUACAAGGCAAAAUUCACCCUUCUGUAAGGAUUCUUAAAAGUACCAGAGCCCUUUCAUUCUACCUAAAUGAAGGCUAAAGCCAAAAAAGCAUUUCCACAAGUUGCAUGGUGCAGAAGGAGGAGGUUAUGUGUCUCCUCUGAAGACAGAAGCUUGAAUAUCCUGGCACCCCACGUAUCAUAGCCUGCUAACAUCCACCCUCUGGUGAAGGCACAUGCCCCAGAACAGAGCACAUUCUUUCCAUGCAAGAAUAUUCUAGCUUCAAUUCCUGCCAUUUUUAGUUAGAAGGAUUAGGACAGGCUUCCUCAGCCUCAGCCCUCCAGAUGUUUUGAGACUACAGUUCCCAUCAUCCCUGACCACUGGUCCUGCUAGCUAGGGAUCAUGGGAGUUGUAGGCCAAAAACAUCUGGAGGGCCAAGGUUGAGGAAGCCUGGAUUAGGAAGUGAUAUGGAAACUCUGCCCAAGAUCCUGAAGAACUCCUGCCAGUCAGAAUAAACUAUAAUUGGUAUAAGACAGCUACAUGUUUUCUGGCUGAGGCCUAGAACUUAUUAAGCAGCAGCAAAGAAUUCCCUGUCUCAAUCUUCUGUGAACAAAAUAAUAAAAAAUCAAUAUUA